AUGGGGAAGAAAGCGUUCGCCAAGAAAAUCAAACCUCACCGCCAAGAAACCCCGGAGGCACAACCACAGCCAAAUCCACCACCACCGGCACCGACCGCUCAGCCGCCACCCAUGAUUUCCUUGGAUGCCAUGAUGGCAUUUCUUCGCCAACAAGACCCGACAAGGGACUGGAUGACGGCGCUGACCAGUUUCGGCCAAAUGGGGGGCGUAGGAACCGCACCCAGUGAAAUUCCGCCUGCGCCGGUCAGCCAUAAAGCAGUACAUUCAGAGGAGGGAACUUCCUCGGCGACCGCGCCAUCGGAAACCUCAGUACCUAAUUCGGCGGAACUCGACGCCAUCGCUGCCCACUACGACUCCGGCCUUGAGGAGCAUGAGGAAAAAACGACUCAAGAGGGGAGCGGCGGAAUGGAGAAGACGCCCGAAGCGGAGCCGGUAUCUCAAGAAGUGGCAAGGGAGGACUUAGAUCUGAACGAGUCAGCCCAGAAGCGGACUCUUAUGACUGAUGAGGAGUUCGAUUCCAUUUUGAACCAAGUGAACCAAGCAGCACAAGCUACUACCUCGGAGGCUGAGGGUCUAGACCCCGCUUCGAAGGCAGUAGGCGUGAGUGAAGAGACAGGGGGGGUAAGUGAGCCAGAAGGCCCGGCAUACCAGCCGGAAGAAGAGAAGGGUAAUACGAUUACAGAAGCCAAGGAAACAGAAACAGAAACAGAGGCAGCAGAACCAGAAGUAGAAGCACAUACCCCAAUGGCACCUCAGGUAGUAAAGCCGAUUCCCGUCAGGCGGAGACUGGUAGUGAAGACAGACUCCACGGUAGACCGACCCAAACCACAAAGGGUGUCGCAACGAUGUUUGGGUAAGUGGGCAUCCAGCAGGGCGGAACCGAACACGGCGGCAGAUCCGCUGGAGAUCGUGAGUGACGACGAACGGACAACUCCCACAAAACCUGGGGAGGAGUCCUCACCUUUUACCGACCCAGAGGAUGCCGAAAUGGUGGUCGAGGAACCCUCUCUGGUGCAAGUGGAUCAGGGUGUGGAAACUGAACGGAUGGCUGAGGGUCCGGACCUCGCAUCCAAGGUAGUUAGCCCCGAAAGACCGGAGAAGGACGACGCCAAGGUAGAGAGUAGCCCCACUACCCAGGAGGAAGUCCGAUACAAAGAGGAGAGGAAGCGAAAAGGCAAGGCCAUUAUGAGGAAACAACCUAGUACCAAGAAACCGCGUGUCGUGAACACCAAAAUCGUCAUUACUGAAGCAACUCAAAGAACUCCACCAAGUCGGCGGGAGUUGAGUGACGACGAGUACACAGCCAGCACUGAAUCAUCUUCUGACAGCAACAUCUCUCUGGCCGAUGAGGAGUACACUGAACAACAGCUCUUGGAUGAUCAUAGAGAGUUAGUCCACCCACCGGUAGAGAGAUUAAGAUACCGGAAGUGGACGGUUGACCUCACUGACGACGUGGUAGAAGAGAUGACGUUGUUCGAUUCCAAGGAGCUCAAGUCUGCUUACCGCACCAAGGACGACAAGAGCAAGCAAAUCAAGAGUGGGAAGGUACUUCAUCUCCCUUCUUUAGAUAAAUUGAAAGCUCGCGAAUCAUUUCUCGCCCUUUUGCAUGCGUUGGGUUUCGAAUGGCUGUUGGAAAAUGAGGUUAUGAAUAUCCCGGUUAAGCUGGCCAAAGAAUUUUUCUCGACUUUUUGA